AUGUCACCUGGCAUUGAUACCUCUCAGUCACGAAUCUGCGGCUGUUGGGUCGAAGUACUUCCUACAAUCGUCUCAAAUGGAGAGAGUAAAGAUAACGUUGUUCCAUUGGCCAUUAAGGCUCUAUAUCAAUCCAUCAUCAAAAAAGAUCGAAUGGGCGAGUUGGACCCGGAUUAUACUGAAUCUUAUGCUGCUGCCCUCGCUCGCUUGAGAAAGGCACUUCCUGAUUCGCAUACUUCGCAGUAUGUAGGGUUUGCUGCUGCAAGCAUGUGCUUGACUUUAUCAGAGGUUCUGUUCCCCACAACUACAGAUGGCUGGCGGAGACAUAUCCAAGGAAUCAGUGAUCUGAUGCAACUUAUUGGUCCCGAUGUACACAGAUCUGGGGCCGCUUAUAAACUCUUCGUUGGCUUCAGACCCCUACUUGUCACCGAAGCUUUCAUCGCUCGGAAAGCUACGUUUGUUGCCUCUCAAGAAUGGAUCAGUAUUCCGUUUCAAUUCAACACCGCCUCGCCAAUGCAGACUCUUUUGAGCUAUGCUACUAUUAUCCCCUCGCUACUCGAAAAGGCAGACUUUGAUACGGCGUCGCCUACUACUGACGAUAUAUGCGCCGAAUUCGAGCAGGUGUUGUGUACUCUUCUUCAGUGGGAAAAUACCCAGGUAGAAGUCGAAUUCGGGAACCCUUACUGGGCGAAGGCAGCCACAAGCACUACCAUUAGUAGUCACGGUAGCUCACCUUCCACGUUAUUAUGGUUUCCAAACAUCCUUUUUGCAAACGCAUUCACGCACCUGUGGACAUUUCAGAUAAUAUGUCUCUCCGAAAUUGCCAGAUUGAGAGCGGGAAGGACGGACACCUUGCUGUCGACGAAGAGCUCUCUUCCUAGCGAAAUCAUGAAUGAGGAUUAUGUCUUUAAGUUAUCAACCAAGAUAUGUCAGAGCAUGGAAUAUCAGUUGCAAGAUGAGAUGAAACUAUACGGACCAGCUUCGGUACUGUUCCCACUUCGCAUUGCACGCGCAACGUUCGAUUCAGACCCAGCUCGUCACCAGAAAGAAAUCUCGUGGUGCGACGAGUUUGUAGAUCAACUCAGGAGCAAAGGAAUACACUUAGCUCCGUGA